GCCAGGACAGCUUUUACAAGGUGCUCACUCCAGAGCAGAAAGCCAAGGCGGUCAAGGGCCAGUUUAACUUUGAUCAUCCAGAUGCCUUCGACAGUGAGCUGAUCAUGCAAACACUGAGACAGAUCAUGCAGGGGAAAACUGUCCAGAUCCCAGUAUACGACUUUGUCACCCAUUCCAGGAAAGACGAGUUUGUUACGGUGUAUCCGGCUGAUGUGGUCCUGUUUGAGGGCAUCCUCAUGUUCUACUCGCAGGAAAUCAGAGAUCUGUUCCAGAUGAAGCUGUUUGUUGACACAGAUCCCGACACACGGCUGUCACGUCGAGUUCUGAGAGACAUCAGUGAACGUGGUAGAGAGCUCGAGCAGGUGCUCACUCAGUACAUCACUUUUGUGAAGCCGGCCUUUGAGGAGUUCUGUUUACCUACGAAGAAAUACGCAGAUGUUAUUAUUCCACGAGGAGCAGAUAAUCUUGUGGCCAUCAACUUGAUAGUACAGCACAUCCAAGACAUUCUGAAUGGCGGACCAAGCAAGCGUCAUAAUGGCUGCAUGAAUGGCCACAGCACACCACGGCAGCGGCGGGCCUCCGAGUCGAGCAGCCGGCCUCACUGACCCCAUCACACCUCUCUUCACAGAGCGGAGAGGGGUGUGGGAGGUCGCGCUGUAAGUAAUGCCUGUUGGCACCACUGUAUUUAAAAGAGAAGAAGAAGAAAUGCAAAGAGAAUUGAAAUGCCUUUUUAUUAUCAUGACUACUCUUGUUAUUGGUUAUUUCAUUGUAAUAGUUCAGAAUUAAAUUUUAUUUUGUCAUGAGGAUAAAGAGAAGCUCUUGUGAUGAUGAGGUCAUUGGUUUAAAAAAAAAAAAAAAAAAAAGAUCAAUGCAUUUUCUCCCCCUGCCUCUUUUUUUUUCUUUUUCUUUUCUUCAUGUAUCCCCUGCUGCUCCAUGAAAGUUCAUGCUUUUAAUGAAUAAAAAUGGGGAAUUCCCUACUUUUCUAUGUCUGAUAAAACUUGAACUCCCGACUCGUUGGGGGAAUAACUUGUUUAUGGUUCUAAGAAGAUGUGAAUUUGACCAGUCUGAUAAAUCAGGUGCACUCUGGAUGGAUUUGUACUGACAAUCUAGUGAGUGUUUCCUAUCAUUUUCAGUGUUUUAUGGUGUCCACACCUUCAUUUGUUUUUAUAUCUGUAACAGAAAACACUCCCACCCCACCCUGUAUCAGUUACUCUGUGCAAAAUAACACAACUACCAGAUCAAUGAAGCUAAACGCCAGAGAGUUCAACUGACCGCUCUGUAUCUAGUAAAACUGUUAAUUAUGGGCUUGGUUGUCCUCUCUAAAUGGCUCAUUCACACAUUGUAAUGGCUGAAGCUCACACAGGUAUUAUUUGAAGUGACAGAUUUUGAUUUGUGAGUAAAAUGUGAAAAUCUGUAAAUGACUUUCCUGUGUCUAUACUGCUCUCUGAUCUAGACUGUGCUCACAUUCACGUGGACACAGCCCUGUUGAGUCAAAGCUGGCAUGUGUAUACUCAGGUUGAUGAUGCCAAUGGAUUUAAAAUGCCAGAAAACAAUGUAAUAGAGCACUACAGCAAUAUCACUUAACCCAGGUGUGUGGCCAUUAACCACCGAGAUCUACCACAAUGCCUCUGUGAAGAUGCCUCAGGUUAACGUGUACAGUAAGUGUCCACACUUGCAGUUUCCACUAUGAGGUUACAAUAGAAAACAGCUGAUUCCAUUUUUUUAUGUUUAAUUGAAUGAUUUGUACUGUAUGCUGAAUAGACAAAGAUUUGUUUGGUGAUUUAUAAUUGAAUGGUCAAUAAACUGAUGCAGUUUA